AUGGCGUCAGUGGAAAGUUUUUGGAGAAUUGGACAUAAUAUUACUGGACAUGACGUUGAAGGGAGCUUAAGUGUUGGUCAUCGCAAAUUCAGAGCGUUUUUCGGAACAUCGCCGGCUGUGUGUGUUGUGGCUUGGGACCUGUUGGCUGAUGUUCGUCCAAAUAACUCGAAACCAAAUCAUCUGCUGUGGGCCUUGAUGCUCUUAAAACGAUAUUGCAUUGAAUCGUUCAAUGCAGCCCUCGUAAAAGUUACAGAGAAAACCUUUCGUAAAUGGUCUCUCCUUUUUGUUGACUUACUAGCAGACAUGCCAGUGCUUAACUGGGACAAUCGUUAUGGUCGUGCACGAAGAGGAACAAUAACUUAUAUUUCACUUGAUGGGACAGACUUUCGAAUUAUGGAACCAAGCGAAUUUUCUCCAAAAUGGUAUUCGCACAAAUUCCAUGGACCUGGUUUGCGAUACGAAUUAGGGUUGUGUAUCCGCACUGGGGAAAUUGUCUGGGCUCACGGGGGAUUACCUUGCGGAGCAUGGCCUGAUCUUCGUCUCGCCCGAGAUGCAAUUAUACAUGUACUUGACCCAGGCGAAAGAAUUAUUGCUGAUAGAGGUUACCGAGACCAAACUUUUUUCGACAUGCCCAAUGGAAGCGAAGAUGAUGAACAAAAAAGAAAAAUUUUAGCGCGGCACCAAACUGUCAAUCGCCGGAUAAAACAGUUUUGUUGCAUGAGUCAAAGGUUUCGCCAUUCAUUAAAUUUACACCCUCGUUUUUUUCACGCUGUAACCAAUUUAACUGAGCUCAUGAUAGAGUAG